GCUGAUGUAAUCUGCAGUAUAAUCUAUGCAUAUUUCCAAUGACUACUAUGCUUGGCAUAUGAUGUGGAAAAUGUCAGUGUAUUGAUUUAGUGUAGUUAGUGUCUUCGUUGUAGGAUUUAUUUUUUUUUUUUUUAACUGACAGGAUGUUUCUGGAGCGUCUUCCAGAGUAGCACAAACUAAUCGGGAGCUGGAGGCAGUCUUUGAUAUUUAUAUUUACUUGUAGCUGUAUAAAUAACAUGACCAAUCGUCUUCCUGUUAGUCAGGAGUUUUUGACGCCAGUGUUGCCUCUUGCUGAUAAUAACUAACAGAUAGUCAGAAAUGAAUUACAGCUUUCUCUUUAAGUUAUUCCUGACUGGGCUCUGUCUUACUGCACUGGGUAUUUAUAGUAUACAAAGUGGAUUUCUGGAUGUUACAGAUAUCACAAGAAGACUGCUGCCAUCAGGCACAAGUUGCCUCCAAUUUUCUAAACAAAGACUGUACGGCCACAACAUUGGGCCAUUCCCCAGUAAAAAUCGUUCAUCUUGUUCCUGUGAAGGAUACACUUUAAAUGCUAAGUAUGUGCCGGCGGAUGAACUACAAGACCUUCAGAGACGUCGGACAGAGGAGUACCGUCAAUACCAGCUCAGGAUGGGGACAAAAAUGGAGUCACUUAUACUAGCCCAACCCAACUCACCCCUCCAAUAUCCCAUCCAGGGUUUCGUAGUGGCACCUCUUGCAAAAACUGUGAUACCAGGUUUGGCUCUGUAUGCACAAAAAAGAAGACUAUAUAAGGUGUCUUUGAGUGUGAAGAAAGGAGUGCUCUCAGUGGAGGAUGUUCUGGAUGGAGAUCAGGUGGAAGGACAGGGUCAAAGUAAUCUGACCAUCUCAUCCAACAGCAGCACACAUCUCAAUGAUCUGCUCUCCAGAGUGACCUACACCAGCACCAUCUACCAUAUCAAGACUAAAGAUCUGGUUAAUUUUUCUUUUGAGGACUAUGAGGCUAUAUUUCCCAUUGUGAUCAAGAGACCAUCAGUUCCUGUUCUGUAUGACCCAGGGACAGAUAUUAACUCACAGGUGACCAUAACAACCAAGACCUUUCUGAGAUAUGACGAGCUGAACAUCCUCAUCAACAGCAUCCGACAGUUUUACCCCAAAAUCAAGAUCAUUAUUGCAGACGACAGUCUGGAGCCGCAAAACGUGACUGGCUACAAUUUAGAGCACUACAUUAUGCCUCCUGCACAGGGCUGGUUUGCAGGCAGGAAUCUGGCUAUAUCUCAGGUCACCACUAAAUACUUCCUGUGGGUUGACGAUGACUACAUAUUCGAUAACAAUACACGGAUUGAAAGCUUUGUGGAGAUAAUGGAGAAAGUUCCAGAACUGGAUGUGGUUGGUGGUGCAGUGGAAACAAAUCAGUUCCUUUUCCACCUUCAGUACGAGGAAGGGGAUGAAGAGGAGGGAGGUUGUCUCAGACGUUUUCAUAGGCAGAUUCAAUCAGUUCCAGGCCUUAACGGCUGCUUCUUUGCAGACGGGGUCGUCAACUACUUCAUGGCACGGACGGAUGCAGUGCGACGGGUUGGCUUUGAUCCGUUUCUGAAGAGGGUGGCUCACACUGAGUUUUUUCUUGAUGGUCUUGGAGAUUUGCUGAUUGCCUCUUGCAAAGGGCUUUCAGUCCUUCACCAGAAGAAGCGCAAACAAAGCAGAUACAUGCGCUUUAGGUUUCCAGGACAAAAGGAUGAAAGAAACAAACUGGCCCAUCAUUACUUCAAGAAUUAUUUGAAAUGCAUCAGGUACUGAGAGACUUUUGAGGAGAAGGGUGACCAUUCCCCCACACAGACCAAACUGAAUUUAACUUACAGUGGAACUCAUUAAAAAGAAUGUGAAUGAGCAAAGGUUUGCCUUUGAAGUGUUUUGGUAAAUAAAAGAGUGGUGAAAUGGUGUGACAUUUAAGACCAAUUAACAAUUCAAUCAGUGGAAUUAGCAUCAACAAUAACCAUGAACCACGUUUGUGUCUUCAGGAGAAGAACUGAUCUCAGGGAAUGAAUAUUUUAACCAUAUUCAUUUAGAUUAAACACUUUUUAUUAUAUUUAUUGCUGUGGGUUACUGUUAUGAAAUAAAAUAAAUGCAUUUAAUAGGGGUUAUUCAUAGGGGUUAUUCAUUUUCUGUAAAAAAAAUUUUUUUUUUUGAAGGGUAACUUUUUUUGAAGUUGUGAAAAGUUACUAAAUUUUGCAUGAAGGUUGUUCAUGUGUCUAAAUGUAUUAAUCUUAAUUAUGUGGAUGAUUAAUGGUGUUGUUGCCUGGCAACAGAUAUGUAAAAUUGUGAAAUACAUGUUUUGGAAUGUCUGCU